CGUCAAUGGAAACGGAUAAACAAACAAAACCCACCAUCCCGAGGCCGCCCGCGCUUCCCCGCCCACCUGUCCCUGGCGUGGACUCGCCCUCCUCCCGGUCGCCCCGCUUUCCCCGCCCGCGGCAACGUCUGGGCACGUCCCCCUCGCGGCGCGGGCCACGCACGUCCCUGCACUUAACCUCUGCCGGCCCGGCGCGAAGUUAAAGGCCCGGGCUGCGCGGUCGGCGCGCUCUCCUGGAGGCGGGGUGCGCAGCAGGAGCCCGAGCCUGCAGCCGCGGCCGGGCGGACGAUGACUUGCUACCGGGGCUUCCUGCUGGGCAGCUGUCGUCGCGUGGCGGGCGGCCGGGCGGCGCUGCGGGGGUCAGGCGCAGGAGGCCCUGCCGCGCGGCCCCGGCUCGGCGGUGACGGCGGCCGGCGGCACCUGGGGCAGGGACAGCCGCGCGAGCUGGCGGGCUGUGGCAGCCGCCCGGAAGGCGGCUUCCGCCCCUCGAGGGUGGUGGUGGUGGCCAAAACCACCCGGUACGAGUUCGAGCAGCAGCGGUACCGCUACGCGGAGCUCUCGGAGGAGGACCUGAAGCAGCUGCUUGCAUUGAAAGGCUCUAGCUACAGUGGACUACUUGAACGACAUCAUAUUCACACCAAAAAUGUAGAACAUAUUAUAGAUAGUUUACGGAAAGAAGGAAUUGAGGUUCGUCUAGUAAAGAGAAGAGAAUAUGAUGAAGAGACUGUUCGAUGGGCAGAUGCAGUCAUAGCUGCAGGAGGUGAUGGCACAAUGCUUCUGGCAGCAAGUAAAGUCUUGGACAGACUGAAACCUGUCAUCGGGGUAAACACUGAUCCAGAACGAUCAGAGGGUCACUUAUGUCUGCCUGUUCGAUAUACACAUUCCUUCCCAGAAGCCUUACAGAAGUUCUAUCGUGGUGAGUUCAGGUGGUUAUGGAGGCAGCGUAUCAGGUUAUACCUUGAAGGGACUGGCAUAAACCCCAUUCCUGUGGACCUUCAUGAACAGCAACUAAGUUUGAAUCAGCGUAGCAGAGCCUUCAACAUUGAAAGAGUUGAUGAUGAAAGGUCUGAGACUUCAGGACCCCAACUUUUGCCAGUGAGAGCUCUAAACGAAGUCUUUAUUGGGGAGAGUCUAUCAUCCAGAAUGUCUUAUUCUUGGGCUGUAGCAGUGGACAAUUUAAGAAGAAGUAUACCCACUCUAAAGGGACUGGCUUCCUACUAUGAAAUUUCAGUUGAUGAUGGCCCGUGGGAAAAACAGAAGAGCUCAGGGCUCAAUUUGUGUACUGGAACAGGAUCCAAGGCCUGGUCAUUCAAUAUUAACAGGGUUGCAACUCAGGCUGUGGAAGAUGUUUUAAAUAUUGCAAAACGGCAAGGAAAUUUGAAUCUUCCAUUAAACAGAGAAUUGGUAGAGAAAGUAACAAACGAAUAUAAUGAAUCACUGCUCUACAGUCCAGAAGAACCAAAAAUACUUUUCAGUAUUCGAGAACCAAUUGCAAACAGAGUUUUCUCAAGCAGUCGUCAGCGUUGUUUCUCUUCAAAGGUUUGUGUUCGUUCUCGUUGUUGGGAUGCCUGUAUGGUUGUGGAUGGAGGAACUUCUUUUGAAUUUAACGAUGGAGCAAUUGCUUCGAUGAUGAUCAAUAAAGAAGAUGAGCUUCGAACUGUGCUACUCGAACAGUGAAGAAUUUCCUCAGAUUGUAAAUUUUGAUUACUGGAAAAAUAUUUUUACUGUGGAAGCAGAUCCUCAGUCAUAAAGCUACAUUUUUUUGUUGUUGUUAUUUUUAAGACUGGUUGCCCCUGGCCUCAAAGGUGACAAAGAAAGUGAGAUUCAUAAUAAUCUUCUGUUGGAUUCUGAUAGAAAAAAAGAUGUUCAUUUUGUGAGAAAAUGGACUAAAAGGAUUAGAAUUGAUAGUAGUAAUUCUAUUAUUUACAAUUGUUAACCAAGAGUGUUGGUAUCUUUAAAUUUAGAGGCAGGCAUAAAUAAAGGAUUAAAUGUUUAGGAUUUAAAGUUUAACUGUACAAGUGUGUGUAUGUGUGUUGUUUUGUUUUGUUGCUUCCCUCUCUUUUUGUGGAAUAUUUUUUUAUAGUACCUGUCAAGAUUUUUAAAAUUUUUGAUGAUGGGGAAUUUUGUUAAGUCCUGACAUUCACCUAAUUGAAGUAGGUUAAUGUGUUUUUUAAUAUGUGCUAAGAAUUUUCUAAUUCCAGGACACAAUUAAGUGGUAACUAUUGAUUUAUAAAUUUAAAUCAUUUUUGAAAUUGUAGAUACUUCCAUUUGAUGCUCCUUUUAGUGAAUUUCAACAAUGCUGGGUGAAAUACAUCCAGUGGGACAAGGUCAUGAUGCUGUUAAAAAUGUUUUAAUUAUCCAGUACCUAUUUUGGGUCAUUUUUCUAAAAAUGACUUGAGUCUAGUAGGUUUUUUCCAUCUUUAAAACUCUCUAAAAUGUAUUCAGGGACUAAAAGGAUGAACUGAUGAGAUAUCUUCUAUUAGGAGACAUGUUCUAUUGGUAAAAUCUUUAAUAAAUAUUUUCAUCUAGUAUUAAUAUUGUCAGAGAAUGGUUUUUUUAAUAAAUAUGUAAAACACA